GGCUAAACGGCCACCACUGGUAAUUCCGCCAACCUUAGAAGCCCACCCCCAUAUUUUUUUGAUUUACCGUUAAAUGAUUAAAAAAAAAAAAAAUCCUAAACCCGUUAACCCAAAACCCCCCACCAGCUUUCUUCUUCCUUCUUUCAAUCCACAUAAACCCUAGUGUUCUGUGGAAAUUCCAAUAAUCUGGGAGGGUGGAAAACCGAAUCAAUUGUUGAUAAAAAGAAAAAUAGUUAAACUAUGCAGACCAGUUCUAUUUUAUUCAACGCUAAGCCGUUGUUGUAUGCUCCGGUUCCGGUGAAGUCAAUUAGCCACCGUGACCGGACUUCAAGUUUGUCAUCACUCCCUCCGUCACUAUUGACUGUCAAUAAUUGCAAUUGGGCGCAAAAUAAGAAAGCCAUCGCCACUUUCCGUGCUGAUAGACAUCGCAGAAUUCGCGCCACCGUUACUAGUGGCAAGAAUGCGUUGGAUAGGUUUUCAAUUGCGCCUAGAAGCUUCGUUGAUGGGCCAAAACGAGUUUCUUGCUUCCAUUAUCCCCAAAAAAAAGGAGUUCUUGGUUAUAGAUUCAGAACUGGAGCAUUUUUUGACAAAUCGACAUUGCGUAUAGUGAGCCAGAAGGCUGACGAUGACAGUUCAACUGAGGUUAAGAAAAUCUAUGUACCGCAUGCAACUGUUGGUCCAGAAGAGCCACAUGCAGCAAGCACAACAUGGACGGAUGGUAUUCUUGAAAAGCAGGAUCCUGAAUUAUCCGAUCCCGAGCUCGAGAGAUUUGAGUUUGAGCAUUUCUUGGCUUCAGAAUUGCCAUCUCACCCAAAACUUCACAGAGGACAACUUAAAAAUGGGCUUCGGUACCUGAUUUUGCCCAACAAAGUCCCUCCAAAUAGGUUCGAGGCGCACAUGGAAGUUCAUGCUGGGUCAAUUGAUGAGGAAGAAGAUGAACAAGGAAUUGCUCACAUGAUUGAACAUGUUGCAUUCCUUGGUAGUAAGAAGAGAGAGAAACUUCUUGGAACAGGGGCGAGAUCAAAUGCUUAUACUGAUUUCCAUCAUACUGUGUUUCAUAUCCAUUCACCAACUAUAACAAAGGAUUCUGAUGAAGACUUACUGCCCGUGGUUCUUGAUGCCCUCAAUGAGAUUGCUUUCCAUCCCAAGUUUUUAGCUUCCCGUGUUGAAAAAGAAAGGCGAGCAAUACUAUCAGAAUUACAAAUGAUGAACACAAUUGAGUACCGUGUUGAUUGUCAGCUGUUACAACAUUUGCAUUCAGAGAACAAGCUCAGUAAAAGAUUCCCGAUUGGAUUGGAAGAUCAGAUAAAGAAAUGGGAUGCAGAUAAGAUUAGGAAGUUUCAUGAACGUUGGUACUUUCCUGCUAAUGCCACAUUAUAUGUUGUGGGGGAUAUUGAAAACAUUCCAAAGACAGUGCAACAUAUCGAAAAUGUUUUCGGUCAGACUGGUGUGGACAGUGAGAUGACCGCUUCCCCAGCACCAAAACCUAGUGCCUUUUCUAUGUCUAAUUUCCUUCCGAAGCCAUUGAUGGGUUUGGCUGGAAAUUUACCUCAUGAUAAGCCAUCUGGUUCAGUGGAGCAAGCAAAAAUCGUCAAGAAGGAAAGACACGCAGUACGCCCUCCUGUCCAGCACAACUGGUCCCUUCCUGGAAGUAAUGAUACUUUAAAGCCACCUCAGAUAUUUCAACAUGAGUUACUUCAGAAUUUCUCAAUUAAUAUGUUUUGCAAGAUUCCUGUGAACAAGGUUAAAACUUUUGGUGAUUUGCGUAAUGUCCUGAUGAAGAGGAUUUUCCUUUCCGCUCUGCAUUUUCGUAUUAAUACCAGAUACAAGAGUUCAGAUCCACCAUUUACCUCGGUGGAGCUGGAUCAUAGUGAUUCGGGAAGAGAAGGUUGCACUGUAACGACUCUUACAGUAACUGCUGAACCAAGAAACUGGGAUAGUGCAAUAAAAAUUGCUGUUCAAGAGGUCCGCAGGCUUAAAGAAUUUGGUGUGACAAAAGGUGAAUUGUCACGCUAUUUGGAUGCACUACUUAAAGAUAGUGAACAAUUGGCAGCUAUGAUUGACAAUGUGUCAUCCGUGGAUAAUCUGGAUUUCAUAAUGGAGAGUGAUGCUCUUGGCCACACAGUGAUGGAUCAAAUGCAGGGACAUGAGAGUUUGCUUGCUAUUGCGGGAACUGUGAGCCUUGAGGAGGUUAAUGCGGUUGGUGCAGAAGUGCUGGAAUUUAUUUCUGAUUUUGGAAAGCCAAAUGCGCCCCUUCCUGCAGCAAUUGUUGCUUGUGUCCCUUCAAAAGUACAUGUAGAUGGAAUAGGUGAAACUGAAUUUAAGAUAACACCAGGGGAGAUCACUGCUGCUAUUGAGGCAGGUUUACAGCAGCCUAUAGAGGCAGAACUGGAGCUUGAAGUGCCAAAAGAAUUGAUAACCUCAAGGCAGCUGCAGGAGUUGAGGUCCUUACAGAAGCCUUCAUUUAUCCCUGUUGGACCAGAUUCAAAGGAGACUAAAGUCCUUGACAACGAAACAGGAAUUACCCUACGGAGGCUUUCCAAUGGACUUCCUGUUAAUUAUAGGAUAUCAACAAGUGAAGCAAAGUGUGGUGUCAUGAGGCUCAUUGUUGGUGGUGGUCGAGCUGCUGAAGAGUUGGAUAAAAAAGGAGCUGUCAUAGUGGGAGUUCGCACUCUGAGUGAGGGUGGUCGUGUUGGCAACUUCUCACGAGAACAGGUGGAACUCUUUUGCGUAAACCACCUUAUAAAUUGCUCACUGGAGUCAACUGAGGAAUUCAUUUGUAUGGAAUUCCGUUUCACCUUAAGAGACAAUGGAAUGCGUGCAGCUUUCCAACUACUUCAUAUGGUACUUGAGCAUAGUGUUUGGCUGGAAGAUGCCUUUGAUAGGGCAAGACAGUUGUAUUUGUCAUAUUUCCGCUCUAUUCCAAAAAGCCUGGAACGUUCAACUGCUCACAAACUUAUGCUGGCGAUGCUCAAUGGAGAUGAACGCUUUGUGGAGCCCACUCCGGGUUCAUUGCAGAACUUGACAUUGGAAUCUGUGAAAGAUGCUGUGAUGAGUCAGUUUGUUUGUGACAAUAUGGAGGUGAGUAUUGUUGGUGACUUCUCUGAGGAUGAAAUUGAGUCCUGUAUCCUUGAUUACCUGGGUACAGUUCGAUCAAGUAGAGGGUGGGAGAGAGCACAAAAAUACAACCCUAUUGUAUUCAGGCCCUUUACCCCUGAUUUACAACAUCAACAAGUUUUCCUAAAGGAUACGGAUGAGAGGGCUUGUGCUUACAUUGCGGGGCCUGCUCCAAACCGAUGGGGUUUUAAUUUUGACGGGCAAGACCUUUUUGAAGCUAUUAAUACAACCACACAAGAAGGUGAGGAAUCGAAACUUGAAGACCAGCCUGCAGAGCCGAAGAAUAGUGAGAGGACACUGCAACAAGCCUUUCGCAGCCACCCACUAUUUUUUGCCAUAACACUGGGUCUAAUGGCUGAAGUCAUAAAUUCCAGACUUUUUACAACUGUUAGGGACUCCCUUGGAUUGACAUAUGACGUGUCAUUUGAAUUAAACCUGUUUGACCGCCUGAAGCUUGGUUGGUAUGUGAUUUCAGUGACGUCUACUCCAGGAAAGGUUCAUAAAGCAGUUGACGCUUGCAAAAGUGUUCUAAGAGGUCUGCAUACAAACAGGAUUACUCCAAGGGAGUUGGAUCGUGCUAAGCGGACUCUGAUGAUGAGACAUGAAGCUGAUAUCAAAUCAAAUGCCUAUUGGCUUGGGUUGUUAUCUCACUUGCAAGCAACUUCUGUCCCCAGAAAGGACAUCUCUUGUAUCAAGGAUCUCACAGCUUUAUAUGAAGCUACCCAAAUUGAAGAUGUGUAUCUGGCGUAUGAGCAGUUGAAGAUAGAUGAAAAUUCCUUGUAUUCUUGCAUUGGUAUUGCUGGUGCUCAGGCUGGAGAAGAAGUCUCAGGUAACACUUAUCUUAUACUAUGAUUAGGUACAGCCUGCUUGAGAAGUUAUUAGUUUAUGAUGCAUUAGAAUUGUGCCUCUGAGUAUAAGUAUUCCAAUGAUUAUAAUUUGUGGUUGGAGUUCAGUCUUUCUUAGUUAAAGUAAACAGCAGCAUGGCCACCUAGCAAUAAAAACGUUUUAUUUUCGGCAGAUUCAUUACCAGAAGAAUCUGUUGGGAGUCUUCCGAGUAUCAUUCCUGUGGGGCGUGGUUCAUCAACAAUGACCAGACCAACAUUUUGAGCGUCGAUUACAUUCUGCUUGAGAUAACUUGAGGUAUGUUUCUGCUUUGUUCUCUGCCACUGAAGAACUGAAAACAUGUUUCUAGCAGUUUAAGUUACAUAGAAGACACUGUUCCUUGCUGUGCUUCUUGAGUUUAGAUGUUGUUUGGAUCUUUGAGCUAAAGGUGAUUUUUUAGAAUGGGAAAGUAAACUCCAUUUAUACACAAUCAGUUCAAUGUUAGAACAGGCUCUUAUGGAUAUUUGUUAGACUGUUUACUUGGGCAGAAUACUCUUGGGAGAUUCUACAUUCAUUGUGUCACUCGGAUAGCUUUAAGCACACAGUUUGUAUCUAAAUUCAGUGUUUCAGUCAUACCUAAAGAAUUGGUACACUUCAAUUUGCUUUGCAGAAGAAAAGGAAAGUAUGAGCACCUCAUAUGCAGCAGUGGAUACAUAUGAAGAGAUUCUGCAUUGCUAUCUGAUUUCUGCAAUGUGGAUGACCCGAUAACUCAGCUGGACAUUCCAGGGCUGCCUCAUCUAAUUGGUGAUGCGGGUGCCCAUGUUUCAAACGUAUAUAACAGACAAGGUAACUCAUACAACCGUGCCAAUUCCCUUGUUGGGGGUGCAAACUUAAGGGAAUACACGAUACAGAGUAGGUAUAGAUAGUGAUUUUUUGGUAAGCUGUAGGUAAGCACCAAUUCGGAUGCAUAUUUUCAGUUUUGUACACUAUAACUUACUCAGCUAAAGCCUGAGAUCUCUGGUAACGUAAUAUUGUACAGCACGAUUUUUCGUCACAUAUACAUACAUCAACAUUCUUCUAAACCGGAAUUUUCAUUCCCGUGCUGAAUAAAAGAUGAAUAAACGAAUUUACACUUUUCUGUUGGCCCUUCCCAUCGUUUCUUGUUUCACUGAAGUUUAUGACAUGUGAUCACAUAAAAGUCUAACCAAGUGCAAACUUACGUUCUUUUUUUUUUUCUUUUUUUUUUCUCCUGAG